UCUGGUGUGUGUACAUCAGUUCACCAUGGUAACAGAAAGAUUCCUCCAAUCAGAUUUCCCCUCCCACCAACACCUGGACCAGGACCAGUACAUCACACACAAACACUGCAGCGUGUACCUGCAGUUCUCUCUGGACCACGUCCACAUCCUGAGUCCAUCUGUUGCCAUGGUUACACACCUGGGACAGAGGGGGGCGGAGUCAGGAGGUGAGGUCACAGACAGGAAACAGACUGCAGGGAGGAGGAAGAGAAGAAGAGAAGAAGAAGAAGAAGAAAGCUCCUCCCCCUCUGUCUUCUCCACGGUCACCAUGACGGGCUGCGGCUCCCAGCCCUGCGUCUCCAUGGUGAUCCGGGUUGAGCAGAAGGACGGCGUGGCCUGGAGGAAUACAGGGGCGGGGUUAAAGGGGGAUGAAGCCGGGCUGUCGCAGUGUUUCUCUGUCAGAGCAGCUGUGAUUGGUCCGGUGGUCAGCUGGGGGUGGGACCCGAAGAACGGACCAAUGACAGACAGAGAGGUGGAGUCAGAGAGACAGGAGAAGGUGGUCCUGGUGCUCUCAGGUGUGUCAGCUCGAUGGUUUCCUCUCCUGCAGCCUGGAUGUUUCUACAGACUCAUCGCCGCUAACACACAGGAUCCCACCGUUCUGAUUGGCUGUGGUGUUUCUGGGCGGAGGGGGGUGGAGCUCCACACUGACCCCACCCUGCAGGUCCCAUCUGAAUGGAGGUUCCAUACUCUGAUCCGCCCACUGCGGCUGCACACCUGCACACAGCCUGUCCCGCCCUCUGUCCUGUCUGUCUCUGAUGUGCUGGACUGCAGCUCAGAGCUGGUGUGUGUUCAGGCUCAGGUGUGUGACAGGAUCAGUCUGAACGACAGGACCACUGACUCUGCUGCAGGUGUGAGACUCACAGUGUGUGACCACAGUGGGAGGAGCCUCCAGGUGUACCUGGACCUGAGCCACACCCCCUACCCACCUGGCUUGUUGCCUGGCAACACACUGCUGCUGUCUGCUUUCCAGAGGAGAGUGUCCAGGUCAGGAGGAGUGUAUUGCAGUUCUCUUCCUGUCAGCUCAGUAACAGUUAUCUCACUGGGAGAUACGAGCUCCACCAUGCCUCCUCCUGCUCCCAUGAUGCACCUGGGUGUGUGGGCAGUGAGCAGGGAGCAGAGGAGCACUGUAGGUCGGGUCAAAGGUCACGUGGUGUGUUUCCUGUUCCUGCAGCUGCAGUGGAGCUGCUCGCUGUGUGGGAGCGUCUACACACAGACUUGUUCCUGUCCUCAGUGUCCUUCAACAUCGUCCGUCUUUCAGUCCAAAGCAAAGCUGGUGAUGGACGACGGGACAGGUGAGGCUCACGUCUGGUUCUCCGGCGCUCUGGUUCGUCCUCUGCUGGGAUUGGCUGAUUCUCAGUGGGAGGGGCUUCAGAGAGCGCUCAGGGUCAGAGGUCACAUCAGAGUGUACCCUCGGGGGCGGAGCCUGGUGUGUGACUCUGAUGACCCUCUGGUCCACUUCCUGUUGUGUGUGUGCGGCAGUGAUGUCACGUGUCGUCAGCUCUUUGUCACCUGCAGGAAACACAACACCCAGAGAUCAGAAGAGGUGAAGAGGUUCAGUCGAGGAGAACGAGACUUCAUGACCAGAGUGACUCCGCCCCUACAGCUCACCUGUCUGCACCUCAACACCUGUCUGUGACACACACUGAUCUCACCUGUCUGCACCUCAACACCUGUCUGUGACACACACUGAUCUCACCUGUCUGCACCUCAACACCUGUCUGUGACACAGACUGAUCUCACCUGUCUGCGCCUCAACACCUGUCUGUGACACACACUGAUCUCACCUGUCUGCGCCUCAACACCUGUCUGUGACACAGACUGAUCUCACCUGUACACACACUGACACACAGACAGGAAGAGGCGGAGCCAGCUCACCUGUACCCUGACUGGAUGGAGCAGGUCCUCUUAUUAGGAGAUCACCAUGUUUGUACAGUAGCCCAGAGUGGACAAACCAAACACUGGCUCUGUAUGAGGACAUUCAUGUGUUCAUAUCACACAGCAGUUCUACUUCCUGUUUGACAGAUGAUGAUGUCACAGACUGAACCUCCAACACACUGUUAUUAAAUCUGUUUCUGAUCAA